AUGGAAAAACAGCGGACAAAGGUUAAAUUUGCCGACGAAAUGCCGAAUUCGGCAGACUUACAAUGCCCAAGUUGUCAAAAAAGGUUUGUUUCACCCCUCCUUUUGCCUUGCUUGCACACAUUGUGCAAAAAAUGCAUCGACGCUGAGAAGAUUUCUCCGAGAAAUGGUAAGUUACCGCGUUGUCCAAUAUGCCCACAACCGCUAGAUUUACGGAAAGAAUUUCCAGCCAAUUUUGUGGCGAGCAACUUGGUUAACUUGGCAGCUGUACAUGAAAACUCUUCCUUGGUUUUUGUUUGCGACAGUUGCGAAACGGAAGGAGAAAAGGUUACAACUCGGUGCAAUCGUUGCCACUUGUUUCUUUGCGAGUUUUGUUCAACGGCUCAUCGAAGAAUGAGCGCAACGAAAUUGCAUCAGCUACAACCAGUCGACGAGCUCAGAGCAGUGCUUUACAAAGGGUAUCAUAAUUCAAGAACCUCGUUUUGCCUGGAACACUUAUCUGAGAAGCUUUGUUUUUACUGCCAGACUUGCGAUAAGGCAAUUUGUCAUCAAUGUACGCUGACUUCACACGAGCGGCACGAGUACCGUGAUGUCGACAAGGUCGCAAAAACGUUUAAGGUAAAUAUGGUAAAUCUUGCAGAGCAAAUCAAAGGAAAACGUGCUCAGCUGAAAGAACAAUUAAAUCUUUUGGAAGAAGAUAUUUCAAAGUUGGAAAAUCGCAAGAGCAGUAUUCGCGCCAGAAUUGAAGAAUAUUUUCAACGGUUAAUCGAGGAGCUGAAGAAUCGCAUGAAUGAACUUGUUAAUGAAGCUGAGUUACUUUGUAAAACAAAGCUUGAUCUUUUGUUCUCAAAACAAGAGAAACUUCAUCAAAAUUUGCGGCACGCAAACAGCUGCUGUCUGUUCACGGAAGGCGCUGUGAAGCAGGGGAGUGAACUUGAAAUACUAAGCAUUGGACAAGUUGUCAUUAAACGACUUAUUUCUCUUGUUGAAGAAAUAGAGGAAUCAAUUAAGACUGAUUCAACUGAUGAAGAAUUUAACUCCAUUCAAUUUGUUGGAGAAAGCGAAAAAAUCAUAAACGAUAUCAGCCACUUAGGUCACGUCAAAGAGCAAUCUUCUAGCACGCCAUGCGAGCCUACAUUGUGCACUCUGUCCGCUUCUAAGCAACACCAACACAUUAUCACCGGAGAAGUCAAUCGGAUGUCGUUGACAGCUGUCAGUGUUCAUGGAAAGAGACAGCAAAGGGGCGGAGACAAAGUAAAGCUCUCCUUCUCAUUGGCUGGAUCUCGUGUGACACCUGACAACGCUGGAUUUAAAUACGGUUGUCAAGACAACAAGGACGGGACCUACGACCUGGCAUAUGUUAUUACGAAGCCAGACACAUACUGGUUGCACGUUAGUAUAAAUGGGGGCCCUGUGGCCGACAGCCCUGUUACUGUCACAGUCAGACCAAGAGACUGGAUAGGUAGCCAUCUUAUGUUGCGUAGCGAGGACUGUGGGGGUUUUUCUCAUCCUUACAGUGUUCUCGUAGACUCCCAUGACCACGUGCUCGUGGCUGAUUCUCAUAAUCACCGAAUCAAAAUACUUUCUAUAAAAGGAGAAAUCCUCAAAACGUUCGGUUCGCAAGGAACCAUCCAAGGACAGUUUAACUUCCCCUACUGCUUAGCCCUGAGUCGAAGAGGAAAUCUUAUUGUAGUUUCUGAUGGCCAGAAUCAUCGAAUACAAAUUGUCACACCGUCAGGAAAACUGGCGAAAGUAUUCGGUGGUUUUGGUGACGACGUUGGAAGGUUGAACCACCCGCAUGGCGUAGCCAUCGACGGCGAUGACCGCAUUUACGUUGCUGAUUCCGGAAACAGCAGAAUUCAAAUCUUCUCUCCCGAGGGUAUCCCCGUGGGGAUGAUCGUGUCCAAGGGUAUGGCAUGCCCCUGGGGAGUAACCAUAUGUAGAACUGGUCGCAUAGCAGUAACAGACUACAAUAACCAUAGAGUGUAUGUUUUCAACAAGGAUGGCUCACUCGGCUUUCAUUUCGGAUCUAGAGGAGAUGAAGACGGGUUGCUUAACAACCCCGCGGGUAUAACCGUUGAUGACCAGGGGCAAUUUGUGAUCGCGGAUAGAAGUAACCAUAGGGUACAGAUCUUUCAACAAAACGGAACUUUUGUAACAAAAUUCGGAGGAAAAGGGCAAGGAGAUGGUUUGAUGAGAUUUCCUGCUGGAGUAGCAGUAGAUAAAAGUGGACAUCUUUACGUUGCAGAUACAUUCAACGACCGAAUACAAGUAUUUUCUUUAGCAGCAGUAUAG